UUUUAUUCCCCCCAAAUCAAAUCUAGUGUAUUUUCCCAGUGAAAACCUGGUAUCGGAGAGUGUUUGAUACCCAGAGUGUAAGUUAGUAGUAGUUGUGCAGAGCCUGGCUCCUCGGUGAGGGAUGUCCUGACGAGGCGCUGCCCCGCCAGUCGCUCGGGGAACAGGAGAACCACCACACCGUCGCGGUCCCGAUUAUGCUCGAUUUGAUCCCGUUUUGCCCAUCAAACCCGUCGGAUCCAUGGUGAAGAGAAAGAAGAGCUCGUCCGCCACCGAGGAGCCUGAGACCGGAAUGACAUUGGGCUCCAGGGAGGGGAUCGGUGUCGAUGGACGGAGGAAUUCGUCCCGAAAGCCAGAAGGUUGUGAGGAGGAGGAGGACGGGGAGACGGGGAGCGAGGAUCGCGAUACAAAGGGAGACGGAGCGGAGAGCCUUCAUCCAUCAACCGUAGGAAGCCCGGGGCUCCCCGGCCCGGUGCCCCCCGGCCCGGUGCUGACCGAGCCCGGACCCGGCUCGGCACCACCGCCCCUAACCUCCACUGAACCCACUCCCCCGAGUCACGACCAGCAUCAUUUUCUCCGAUCCAGCGUUCGUCCUCCGAGCAAGCGGAUCCGGAAGGACUCGGUCGGCCCGGCCGGCGACGGGCCCGGUGGGUCUAGGUCCAGAGGUGCAGAGGGUGGCUCCUCCUCCCAGGGCGCCUCGGGGCCGUCCGGCUCGGCUGCGGGGGCCGCGGCCGGGGGGGUGUCGAAGGCGUCCCGGGGCCCGGCCGACAAAGAGGAGCAGGCGGGGAACCAGAAGAGGGCCCGGCGCCAGUGGGAGUCCUGGAGCGCAGAGGACAAGAACAGCUUCUUCGAGGGGCUGUACGAGCAUGGGAAGGACUUUGAGGCCAUCCAGAACAACAUCGCCAUGAAGUACAAGAAGAGGGGCAAGCCGGCCAACAUGGUGAAGAACAAGGAGCAGGUCCGCCACUUCUACUACCGCACCUGGCACAAGAUCUCCAAACACAUCGACUUCGCCAAUGUGUACACCCGGGUGCUGAAGAAGUCGUCCCAGGAGCUGUACGGACUCAUCUGCUACGCCGAGCUGCGCAAGAAAGUAGGAGGACUCAUGGACGAUAAGAAUGUGACAAAGCUCAACGAGCUCAUCCAGAAUGGGGCCACCACAGUGCGCUCCAAGGGAAGGAACCUGCGGAUCAAAGCCCCCAUGUGCCGGGCCCUGAAGAAGCUGUGUGACCCAGACGGGAUGAGUGAGGAGGAGGACCAGAGGCCCGCCCGCCUCCCCCUGAAGGUGGCCGUGGAGCUGCAGCCGCGCACCAACCACUCCUGGGCCCGCGUCCAGAGCCUGGCCCACAACCCGCGCCUCAGGAUGAUGGUGGAGCUCCACCGCACGGUGGCCAGCCUCAUCGAGUACCUGAAGCACAAGUGGGCCUUCCACGACGAGCGCAUCCUGAAGAGUCUGCGUGAGCGGGAGGCUCUGGAGGGCCCCGCGGGCCCCGGGCCCACCCCCCCGGGCCGGCCCCGGGCGGAGGAGCUGUUCCUGUACCCGGCGGAGUGCAGCACGGUGACGGCGCUGCCGGGGGUGGCCCGCGUGGUGCACUCCAAGGCCUCGUGCACCGUGCACUGGCAGGAGAGCGGCCGGGCGCGGCCCGGGGGGGGGGCGCGCCCCGGGGCCAAGGACCUGCAGGCUGCCCAGAUCCUGGGCAUCCACGGCCCUGCCCCGCCGCCCCGCGGUGGGCCCCGGGCCGGGCGGGGGGCCGACCCCCGGCGGGCCGAGCCCCCGCCCGCCUACGACCCGCCCGCCGAGCCGGGGGGGGAGGAGAGAAAGACGAGCUCGGGGCCCAAGGUGGAGGCGGGGAACGGGGAGGGGCCCGACGCCGGGGCCGGCCCCCCCGAGGAGGCGGGCGGCGGGCCCCCGGGUGCCACCUCGCCCGGUCCGGAGAGGCGCCCCUGCGGCGGCGUGGAGGACACGCCCGCCGCCGCCGCCACCGCCGCCGCCCCCUCCCCGGACGCCAAGCCCCCGGGGCCACGCCCCCCCAGCGCCAACCGGGUGCUGCGCUGCCUCCUGAGGCUGGUGGCCACCGAGGUCAACCCCAAGCCGCUGGCUCCAGAGCAGGGCUCCAGCGCCCCGUCGCCCCUCAAGCUGCCCCAGGAGGAGCAGAGCGGGGCCCUCACCCCCCCGGGGAAGGGGCCCGCCCCCGCCGUCCGCAGCCCGGGCUGUGGCCGCCAUCCCCCCUCCCUGCGGGGGCCCAAGGCCCUCCUGCCCAACGCCGCCGCCGGGGGGCGCCACCUGCCCCGCUCCCUGCUGGGCGCGGCGCCGGGCGGGGACCUGGAGGGCGGCGUGUUCGCCAUCCCCACCACGCUGCCGCCCAACAGCUCCCGACACUCCCGCAUGUUCUCCCCCAACAAGGAGGCGCAGCUGGCCUUCAGGCAGCAGCUGGACUCCAUCAGCAUGCAGUCCGAUCUGUUCCUGGCCAAGCAGAAGAAACCACGCAGCAGACAACUCCGCAAGCCGCUGGUGGUUCAGAGGACCCUGCUGCCGCGGACCACCGGGGACACGCCCCCCCACGUCUGCUCCUUCUCCAUCCUGUCCAACUCCCCCGCCGCAGGAACCGGCUCCUUCCGGCCAAUCCAGACGCGCCUGGCCCCCACGUCCCGCCCCCUCCCCUCCAAAGCGUCUCCCGCCAACCCCAGCCUCUCACGUGCGAUCGACCUGGCAGCCAAGUCUGCAGGCAUCAUCCCGGCCAGCCCCUCCAGGGAGGGGUCCUCGGACCUGGGGGGCCACGCCCUGCUGGACCCCGCGGCCGGGGGCGACGGGGACCUCCGCCCGGACCUCCGCCCGGACCCCGGCCUGCUGCAGCACAACGGCCCCGAGAGCGGGCCCCCUCCCCCCAGGGGCCGGGACCCCGUCCUGCCCCCGCCCAGCGUGGCCUCCCUCCUGGACAUCUCCCUCCCCGGCCCCCCCGAGGAGAGCAUGCCGCCGGGGGACGGCCACGCCCACAUCAGCGACUCCAUCAUCGAGCUGGCCAUCAACUCCUCCCACUUCGGUGAGGACUCCGCCCUGUCCUCCACCAAGCUGGGCUCCAGUAACGGCUCCAAGCUGCUGGCGGCGUCGCCCCCCGGCAGCCCCUCCCACGGCUGGAUCCCCUCGCCCAGCCACGACCCCCAGUGGUACCCCAGCGACUCCUCAGACUCCACGCUGGGCUGCCUGCUCUCCAGCCUGGUGUCUCCUGAUAAGGGGCGCCGGCCGUGCCCCUCCGGGCCCUCCAGCGGGACGGCCCUGCUGGGGCCCAGCCUCCUGGACUGCAACUCCCACGACUCCUUCCAGUCCCGGGGCCUCCCGGACGUGGCCGAGAUGGACAGCCAGCUGGCCUGCAUGAUGAGCGAGAGCAGCGUGGACUACAUCGCCCGCUUCAACGACCUCGCCCAGGAGCUGGCCGUGACUGAGCCCUCACACCCUCCUCCACCCUGAGAACCACCCUCCACCCUCCACCUCCUUCAGAGUGACUUCUGUACCAUCGUCACUCUGAAGGUCACAUCAACACCCGGUUCCCUGGUAACAUGCCAACAUACCAUCAGCUAUUCUUCAGUUUUAAAGGUCCUACAGACCAUAAUAGCCACCUGCUGAACCACAGGAGGUGAGGGACAGCAGAGAGAUGUUUGAGGACGGUCUCCAGCUCCAGUGAAGUGCCUCCCCCCUAUUGGCUGAUCAGGCCAGCGGGGACCAGCGACGGCCUUCGGCCCUCCAGCGCUCUGAAUGUUGACCAGUGGUGCCACGCCCACAACACACCCCCACGUCGGGAGGCAACGAGGAGAAACAGAACGUCUCCAGGAGAGAUUUGGUCUUUGUUCAGUUCCCCAGCUGAACCGAUGCUUGGAGAGGACUGGAUGUCUGCGCUGAGGAAACAUCCUCCUCCACCCUGUGGGUUUGUGUCAUCGUAUCACAGCUCAGAACUCGGACCGGAGUGGGGAAGAAUAUGACGGACGGACAGGAAGUAGAGCCUCAUCAAGGCUAGCACUCCGCUCCCGAGCCGGUGAACGAUUCGAUUGCGAUCUGAUGCAGUCUCAGUUCUGGGAUAGAGCUAAAGAAAUGUUUGUAUUUUGAUAUCUGGAGUGUAGUGGGACUGGACCUUCCCUCGUAUGUCUAACAUACUUGCAGUCAGAUGGAUUUCACAUAACCAGCAUGAGCCAGUGCAAGUUAACUUUAGUUCAUCAUCUUUGCCAAUGUGUUCACUUUCAAACCCAUUCAUUUCCAAAACGUUGUUUUUGUCAAAGGGAGUUUUUCAAAGCACUGUUGAGCCCUUUUUUGAAUUUGUAACUUCUAGACGGUGAAAUGUCUCGCAGCUUGGAGGCUCAGUUUAGGGCCCUUUUCUGUCCAGAGUGUAAAGAAGUUUAAAGGGAAAUCAGUUCAGAGUUUUAGAUUCCUGGUUCUAUCAAAGGACUGGUCUGUCCAUGCGUUCGGUUCCUCCGAUGUUGAAUUGUAAAUAACGAUUCCAGUAUUCACUGCGCUUUUGUAACAUAAUGUAAAUUAUUUGAAUUAUUUAUUAACAAUUUCAGAAAGGUUAUGUUUUAAAUUAAGAUGACCUCCAAAAAGCAAAGUUUGUUCAGUUUGUAAAAAGUUUUUAUUCUGUAUAAAAUGGUUCUAAACAACAUGUCUACCGUUGUGUCUAGCCUGCUAGCUGUGGAUAGGAGACUAGAAAGUGAGGACAUCGAUAUACAUCUUGGGUCAGUAUCUUUAAUGUUUUCCACUUAAAAGCAGGACAUUAGUGGCAGAACUCACGCUGUGCAGCUUUGGCGUGACCUUAUCUAAAGUCCUAGUUUCAGGAAGUCUUUAGACCAACAGGAUGAGCAGUCGUAGCAGUCGGUAGCGAGUGAAACCAAAGGAGAUGGAGAUGGAGCGGCUGACGUUGACACGAGUCACAUGACUAUCAUGCGACGAUAUGAUCGGUCGAGUCACAUGACUCAGACCGCUCCACAGAACACGGUUAAAGGAGCACGAACAUUAGACCUAGACAUUAAACACACCAGUGUAGAAUCGUCUCACAUCAAACAUGAGGUUCAUGUUUCUCCACCUGCUCCACCUCCACCUCCUCCUGCUGCUUCCGGCCGCUGCUCCUUGCGAGCGCGCAUGGCCAUGACCUUGAAGAAGAGGGCGGGGCACAGCGUGCGCAGGUAGAGCGCCGCGGUGGCCAGCGGCCCGGCCAAUAGGACGUCUUUGCUCCGCCUCCGGACCGCCUCCAGGACGGCCCGCGCCACGUCCGCGGGG